AUAUGUCAAAAUUGAUUGGAUAAUUAAAGCUGAUUUUUCGUUGGUCGUUUAUACCACAUUAAAUGCCAUCAUAAUCACGUAUAAUGUUAGAUUUAAAGUGCUAUUUUAUUUCUUUGUAAAUACGCACGGUUUAUUUUAAACUUGGCAAAUUAGUUAUCUACAAUCAUAUUAAAAAUGCUAAGCAGUUAAAAUAACAUUUACUAUAUUAUAAAUAUUUUUUCUAAGAUAGAUUAGAAAAGCUUUGUUUUGAUGUUUCAGAUAUAUGUAAUGGCAGAAGUGGAGAUGAAUUUUGCUAAAUUUAAAAAAGAUGAACGUUGUAAAAGAUUAGAGCGUUCCUUAAAACUGUCUAUGCUGAAGAGAAGUGGAGAUUCAAGUAAUGCUGAUACAUCCAAGAAUAAUUCGAAUGCAUAUAAUUGGAGUUUUUCUAUGUUUUCGGAGUCUACAAGGAUAGAAGAUAAAAAUACAUUUUUUGACAACAAUGAACAAAGAAUAAUGACAACAGAAGACGACAAACGAAGAAUAAUGGAAAAAAACAAAAAAUGUACAUCUUAUAAAUCGAGAAUUGCAUCUUCGGGUGAUAAAAAAUCUCCAGAACAAGAUAACUGCUUCAACAACAAUGGACAAAAAGUAAUGGUAACGAAAAUGAACAAAUAUAUUUCUUAUGAACCGACAAUUGCAUUUUCAAGUGCUAAAAAAUCUCCUCAACGAAAUAACUGCUUCGAUAAAAAUGAUGCUACACCGUUAAAUACUUAUAAAUAUCUUGGUCAAUCUAAAAGAAAUUCUAUAAAUGGUCCAAUAAAUGAAAAAUCAUUUAUGCGUUUUUAUAAUUGGAAAGUUAUAUUAAACCAAGAUUAUAAACUAGUUAUCAAGGGACGAUUAGAAAGCGGAGAAAUUGCGUGCAGUAAACCUAUAAUUAGGAGAUUAACAGCUAGAAGUAUACAGUCUAUUUGUUUAUUCGUAUAUCAUCUUGAAGGAAAUAUCGUGGAUAAGGAAAAUGAACUACCAAAAUAUGUGAGAGGCAAAUUUUAUAAUGGCUUCCCAGACGAUUGGGAAAAUGUAUAUUUAUUAUGGCAAUCAUUUGUAUUUAAUAACGAUCAAGUUAAUUUUCAUUGGCCAACAAAAAUUACAGACAGUGAUGAUGAUUUAAAUAGCGAAGUGACAAUGCAAUCCAUACAUAUAGACGAAGACAAAUAUUUUAAAUCUCCCAAUAAAAUAUGUAUUAAUGAUACGGAUCAUACUACCAAAAUCAACAUUGAUAAUAAUUUAUCUAAUCUUGAAACUUCUGUGCCAAAUUUAACAAAUAUACCAAUUCCUAAUUCGACAAAGAAAGUUCACGAUAGUAAAAUUUUUAAUAAGGAAAAUCGACAGGAGCAUAAUAAUGUUGCAAAUAUUACUCAGUGUUUAAAUGUUCGAAAUCAGCGUUCAUUAUUAGACAUUAUAAAGGAAGAUAAAAUCAAUAUCAUUGUCAAUAAUUUACAACAUAAAAAUUGUCCUAACGAAUACAUUGUAAAAAUUUUACAAAUGUUUAAUUGUCUUGAAGAUGUUUUCUCUUAUAAAAUAGAGUCAAACGAUGCAAAUAAAGAACAAAGGGCUUAUGAUGAUUCUAAAUUGUAUGGCAGUCACUUACAUAGUAAAGAAACAUUAAGGAGGUCUUAUGUGCCAGAACAUCAAAAUACAUCUACAAUAAAAAAAAGUGUUGAUCACAAUAAUCACAACAUAGUAAAUAUGCAUGCGAGCCCAAACACAAUUUUACAAGAACAGUCACGAAACAGUUUACAACGAAUGAAUAUAAAAGAUUCGGAAGAUUUUGAAAGUCAAGUUUAUGGUACUCCUAAAAUUGAAUUUGAAAAAGUAUUAGAAAACAGAAGAGCAUUAUUACAACAGGAUAAGGAGAGAAAAAGAAAAGCAAUAAUGAAUUCCACUUCUAAGGAUAGUAUUAAAUCACAAAAAAAAACGAAAACAAAAGAUAGAUCAGCAAAUCAUUUUAAUUUCAAUGAUAUUAAUAUUGAAGAUAAUAUUAAAUAUUCUGUGCUUGAUGACAGAAUAAAAAAAGGCGAUAAAGCAAUUAAAUGUAAUUCAUUAGAACAGCAGAAAGAUAUUAAACGAUCAAAAACAACAUCUUGUCCUCAGGGAUUUGUAACGUACGAAAAAAAUCUUGGUAAAGUUUAUAAUGAUGACAAUAUCAGCAUUAUUGAAGAUGAGACGUCAGAAGUAAACAAUAUGAAUCGUAAUAAAACAUCCCAUAGAAGAAAAAAGAGUAAUUUUGAUAAUAAAUAUGAUAACAACAUUUCCAUUACAGACGAUGAGGAAGAAUUACCAAGGACCAAUUACAAAAAACAUUUAAAUACAAUAGAAAUUACAAAACGCAGCACCAAAAAGCCAAGAGAAAUAAAUACCUUUAAUGGUACGGAUCAUUAUUUAUGUAUUUGAUAGCAUUAAAAGAAUUAGAUAGAAA